AUGAAGCCGAACCACGGACUCCUAGAUCGAUUCGGGCAGGUCACGCAAAGAAAACGAUAUGCUAUUCUUGUCGCAAAGACCGUCGCCCAGUCUCCGUACAAUAAUUUGUACUCAACCCCGGUUCGUUGGCGCGACAAGGAAUCCCCCGACUCUCUCAACAACCCUCUUCAUCCUCCGUACAUACACAGACAUAUCAUCAUCAUCAUCAUGAAGACCGCCGCUGUGGUCGCUCUCCUCUCCGCCUCCGGCGGCGCCGUCGCCGGCGCCGUCGGCCCCCAGACGUACCGCAACGUCCCCGUCGGCGGGCCGCUGCACAAAAAGGUCGGCUCCUUUGCCGGGCAGCAGGUCAACUCGCCCUGGGGCGGCGGCGUGCAAGAGGGCCGCGGCUGGACCUUUGUCACCGGCACGACCAAGAUUCCCUCCAUCACCGGGCAGAACAGCUACGCCGGCACUGCAGCCUGGGUCGGCAUCGACGGCUACAGCUGCCAGUCCGCCAUCCUCCAGACCGGCGUGCAGGCCCACGGCGACGGCACCGUCCGCGCCUGGUACGAGUGGUACCCGGAGGCGCCCGUCUACUACGACGACCAGUUCCCGGUGCAGUCGGGCGACGUCAUCCGCAUGUCGGUCAACGCCACGUCGGCCACGUCGGGCACGUCGACGCUCGAGAACCUCACGUCCGGCCGCAGCGUCACCACCCCGUACGACAACAUGAGCGAGAGCCUCUGCGGCAGCGACGCCGAAUGGAUCCUCGAGUUCGGCGGCGACUCCCAGACGUUUGCCGACUUUGGCGAGUGGGACUUUUACGACACGCAGGCCACCUCGGCCCAGGGCACCGUCAGCGCCGACGGCAGCACCAUCACCAAUGUCAAGAUUGACGGCCAGACGCUCACCAACUGCCGCGCUGACAGCCAGGGUGUCGAGUGCGCGUACAGCGGCUAG